AUGGCGGCGCCGUCGAAGCUGCGGGACGUCCUCGACAAGAUUCGCAUGGCUUAUCCACCCCACGUUCGCGAAGCCUUGGACAAAACAAGGACAGAACAAGAACUGCUCAAGGAGAAGAAGAACCUUCCCCUUGGGGGCCCGCCUUCACCAGAUCAUGUUGAUACGAUAGACCAAGAGAUCGACCGCCUACCGGAGGAUGAAGCUGUUGCUGCAACGAAGGCCUUCUAUCCUGAAUUCAUUCCCCAUAUACCUGAAGCCAAAGUGUAUGAGGAACAGUACCAUCACUUCUCCAAAAAAGCCAAGGAACGAUCAACGAAGUACAAUCAGAUUAUGCAACAUGUGCCGGUUGGAGAUAGGCCACGAAUCUAUACUACAACUGAACUGACAGAAACAUUUGCCCAGUGCUCGGAAGAGCUUUCCCAAUGCUGCAGCAUGCUGAAGAUGUUUGCAUGCAGGAACGAAGAGCAGAUUCGAUCGCGCUGGAGGCGAAUGUCAAGGGGCCAGAGAAUGAAAAUCCUUCGUGAGAUCUGGCCAGAUAUUCCCGCCCAUCAUAGACCAGACAUCGGGUCCUUCCGAGACCGACGGUCACCACUUCCUUCUGAUUGCAAUUCAUUUUCACAACUCGCCCCAAUUUGGGGCCUCCCGUACCUCAACCUAGAGGAUCUUGCGGACUCAACGAAUUUCCUACUUCUCUUAAACGCUCGUGCGCACAAUUUUCCUUGGAAAUUCGCUCAUGCAGAUCUCGCGGCUGCACCUGUUUACAGGAUUCGUCCGGAGCUGUUGGAUUCUGUCAAGAACUCGCAUAGCGUGGUAAUUGUCCCCCAGCAGCAGUUGACAACAUACCUCGAGGUUUUCGCGUGGAAGAGCGAAGCGGAAGCGGCAGCAUCGCUGAAAACUGGUCUAACAGUUCACCCCGAUCACGCUCUUCAGAUCUUCACGCUACAGGACUAUGUCUGGAGGUUUCUGCUCCAUUGCUGCGUCAAAAUCAUACCUGGCAGCCUGAAAGAUGUUGUGUGGGACAGCUCGAUUCUCCCCCAAGCGUUAUCAGAACCUUCGACCCAACCCCAGAAUAUGUCGACCGCGAUUGCGCGCGACGCUCCAUAUCGUCUUCCAAAACAGAUAGACUUGAUGAGACUGAAAUCACUGAUCGCGGCCACUCGGGACAGGACGAUAGAUCGUAUACACCAGCUCAGAGAAGAUCCCGAACUUUUCGCCGAAUAUGUGCAAGAUCUCCGCUCCCACAGACCAGAGCUUCUCCUUGAUCGCGCUGGCAAAUCACAUAAGCUCGUAGGGAGUGGUGCUCUCCACAAUUCUGUUCUAAAGAACAUGAUCGGCGAUCUGUACAUGGACGUAUCGUUCUAUGAAGACUUUCACUGCAGACUUUGUCAAUGGGAGAGUCUUAUUGUCAAACACGCCACCGACUUGGUCCCAGGGGGGCAGCUGCCAACCCCUCUUAUGGAAUCGAUUACAGAAACUCGUUGUUCCUUGGAAAUGACGAUGUUGGACCUGAUUGAUAUGUUCAAAGCCGCUUUCGUAUCAUCUCUUCCAAUGCGACCGUACUUCAUCCGGACUUCUUCGAAUACAUCUGAUAUGGUGAUAUUUGUCCAGGAUACGGAAAAGAAGGCGGACUCUGUUAUUAGAGAAGCAUUGUCAGUAAUCAACAUGUUGUUUAGGAAGGAUACACGGGAUUUUUUCUCGCUAUAUACAAUAAUGGACGAGCUCGACAGGUUCCUCGACAGCGAUAGAGAUGCGAGAGCCAUGUUUACUCCGUUGGUGGUCUCAAUCUUGUCGCGUCUUUCGGUUAUAUCCGAGUGUCUUCGCUCCAUCGACUCCUAUCAACCUUGGGCUCCUUCUUUGGAGGCCAGUUACCAGGAGAAAAAGCACAUCUAUUUUUAUCGAUGUGCGAUAAAACAAGGCGCCUCUUGGCAGUCAAUCAGGACAACUACUUUUCGUGGGACAAAUAUUUGCUCGCUUGGAGACCCCAGCGAUGGCAAGUUUGAGUAUCCCAUCCAUGGGCGUCAAAACCGCCAGGCGGCCGAGAAGCGGGCAAAGGCAAAGACAGCUCUGAAUACGUUCUGGGAAGCAGCAGACAAGCGAUUCCGAGACGUGACAGGCACUACUCCAUACGACUUGAUCCAGCAUAUCAUUGAGACAAGAGUGGCACCUUGCUUACGUUCCACCAAGCCUUGUGAGAAGCGUGCAGCUCCUACUAGUGUAAUUCCGAACGACUUUGUCGACCACGACACCACCAAGGAGUUCACUGGAAACUUCAGCAAGCUUUCGGUAGCUCCAAAGACCAAGCCCAAGACCCGUGGUGUUGCAGCCCCUCAAGAUGAAGUUCCUGCAAACCCUGAUCUAGCAAUUAUAGAGGUCCGACAUCCAACCAUCACUGUUGACAAACGCGCCCACAAAGUCUUCAGAUCGCUGUUCCACUCGGUUGACUCUCCCAACCAGCCGAGUCAAGUCGCAUGGCCUGAUUUCGUCCACGCGAUGGUUUCUGCAGGCUUUGGAGCAGAGAAGCUCCCCGCCACGUCCGCGUGGCACUUCACGCCAGUAUUGGUGGAUGCAGACCGCUCCAUCCAGUUCCACGAGCCGCACCCGUCCAAUAAACUUCCCAUGACCUGGGCUCGCGAAUACGGACGUCGACUCACGCGUGCAUAUGGCUGGGAUGGUGAGACGUUCGCUUUGAAAGAUUAG